UAGUCAGUCAGUCUCCAGUCGGCAUAGUUUAGAGCGGUUUCACCAUCUCCAUCUCCAUCGACCAUCACCGUCACUAGCACAGCACCGCCCUCCGUCCACGCCACCCUCCACACACCCGUGCUCAACGACAGCUCCGCUCGAUCAAUACCGCUGCGCGCACGGUGCUGGCCGCCGCACGAGCCUUCUGGUCGCGCCGUCUUGCCAGUGCACCACCGAAUCCGCAAUCGCUGCUACGAGACCGCCCCCCGUAACUUGCAGCGCCGCUUGAAUCACCCGCGCAGCCUGCCAUCUACAGCGCUGGCCACCCCUCUUGCGUCCCCGUGGCAGUGUGCGCACUGUUGGCAGGACUGCGCAACGACCGCUUGUGCCAGCGCCGCCUCGCGCAGGCAUGGCGGUGCCCACAGACAACGACCGGCCGCCGGGCAAGCAGCAAAGCUCCCAUGAUGACGAGAACAGUGGCAGGCAGAACGCGUCCCCACCAGGAAAUGGCCAGACCGAGCUCGCACUCCGACCGCACGAACAGAAUGCGGUGGGUGGACUUGCGCCCGCACCGCAAGACAGGUCACGAACUUCUCUAGACAGACCGCACGAGCAUAGUAGCAAAGAGCGUUCCAAGUCAAAUGGACGAAGGCCAAGCGGACAGCAGCGAACAUGUGGGAAAUGCCAGAGGCAUUUGACCGGACAAUUUGUACGAGCGUUGGGCGACACAUAUCAUCUGGAAUGCUUCACAUGCCACGACUGCGGGAAGAUUGUCGCGUCGAAAUUCUUUCCCGUGCCAGAUCAACCGCCGAAUCAGUAUCCCCUCUGUGAGACCGACUAUUUUCGAAGACUGGAUCUGCUGUGCUAUGCCUGCGGAGGGGCUUUGCGAGGAUCAUACAUCACUGCGCUGGAACGCAAGUACCACAUCGAGCACUUCACGUGUUCAGUUUGCCCCACGGUCUUUGGUGCACAGGACUCAUAUUAUGAACACGAGGGCAACGUGUAUUGCCAUUACCACUACUCGACCAAAUUCGCGCAAAAGUGUAACGGAUGCCAGACCGCUAUCCUUAAGCAGUUUGUGGAGAUCUUCCGAAAUGGAGUGAAUCAACACUGGCAUCCCGAGUGCUACAUGAUACAUAAAUACUGGAACGUGCGCCUGCAUGCACCCCCACCUAAGGGCUCUGAAGAGGAACAGACUCUGGAGCAUCACAGGCAGAUCAAAUCUAGCAGCGAAGGUGAUGCAAGCGAAGAUCAACGGCGAACCGUCAGAACAGAAGAAGAGGCGGUGGAGUACAAAGUCCACUGGAUUUGGCAUACUUUGUCGACUUUUGAAGAGCGCUCCGCCACUCGAAUUUCCGACAUGUUGCUGCACGUCAGUAAUGGUGCAUAUAUGGAUGGAGUCGUCGCUGCCAAAAAGUUCAUAACCCACGUUGACCUACUCUUCGGAGCAGCCGAUGACCUGGACCACAGACUCCAAGUACGGCCGACUACGGGCGCAGACAAAACAGUGCGCACAUUUGAUGCUAUCGUGCAUCCGGGAUUGAGUUACAGCAGAGAAGCCAAGUUGCUGUGCAAGAAAGUAGUGGCUUUCUUCCAGCUUCUCGCUGAAAAUCAGGACAAUGGCGUUCGACGGCUGGGUGUUACGCAAGAGCUGCUCUCCCUCGUGACUGGUCUGGCACACUACUUAAAGCUCAUGAUACGGAUAUGUCUUUCAGGCGCUCUCAAGCUGGAACGAGAGACGUCCAGCGCAGAAGGACUGGAGGGUUUCUUGAAAGAUAUCAGCAAACUUGAUGAGAGGCUCGAUGCGGAAAGCCAACGAGAUUCAAGGGCUGAUGCUGAGGCCUACGUCGACAAAAGCGCAGACACAUGCGCAGUCUGUGAUAAGGCUGUCGAGGACAAGUGCUUCCGCCGAGACAAUCGCGUGAUCCACACGCAAUGUCUGAGUUGUGCCAAAUGUAACAAAGAUUUUGGCGACGAUACAGCAAAUGCACGAUGGAGCGAGCAAGGGCAGAAGGCGUGGUGUGAGAUUCACGCGCCCUCUGAUGCGACGACAGGUGGUUUCGUGGCCGUAUCACGCUUGCAGCAAUAUGUCCAUCUGCUUCGAGUCGCGCACGCACGGCUCCUCGCCACGUUAAGGACAAGCGGAGCGUUGCCACACACCAGCGACGACCCCAAUUUGCUCGGAUACGACUCUCGAGAGGGACAUAGCCUCGAUGGCCAGGAACAGCCUCCGCUACUACGUUCGAAUACAAGAUCGAGAUCGUAUGCUGGCAGGUCGCCCGGCCAAAGAAAUCAGGGCGAGCCCAGCUAUGAGGAUACGAUGGGAGACAUACGGCGCUUACGAAGCACCAGAAUGGACAAACACCUUUCGAAUGCCACCAAGAAGGCUCGCACAUCUCGAAUCAUCGAUGGUCCCGAAGGCAUGCGGCCAGGUUCGGCAGAUGGAGGCGAUAAUCGUCGCAAGAGCACAUUUCAAAUUAUCGAGGAUCGAGCUGCGCAAGGGGACUCUGUCACUCAACUCACGUUUGGCAAACAGGAUGCAAUGACUCUCGAUGACAUUCCGAGAAUUGUGCAAGCGCAACAAACGAGGGAACAACGACCAAAUGCGUCCCGAUACGCAAGACAGCCAAUGAUUCCACAGGACCCCGUGCCCAAGCUAGUCAACGGCCAUACCCGCGACUUUUCAGGAGAUGGUCAAGAGAAGCUGGAGACAAGGCCGCCUGGCACAAAGAAGUACUUCUCAGAACUGACAGCACUUGAGUACUUCAUCGUCCGUCAUGUCGCAGUUCUGUCCAUGGAGCCCUUGGUCGAAGGGCACUUCAACCAGGAAGAGCUGUUGGACCUCAUCGAGACCAGGAAGCAGAACUUCUGGAGCAAAUUCGGCAAGGCAUUCCAGGGUAAAGAGAAGAGACCUCGGGCUGCCAAGAAUGCCAUCUUCGGGAUUCCUCUGGAGCAGGUCCUUGAACGUGACUACGAGGAAAGUACUGAUGGUGUUGGCCCUGGCUCUUUGAAGAUUCCAUCAAUCGUCCAAGAGUGUAUUAGCGCCAUGAAGACCAUGGACAUGUCCGUGGAGGGCGUCUUCCGUAAGAACGGCAACAUCAAGCGACUUAACGACGCCAAGGAAGAGAUUGACGCGAAAGGCGCCGUGCAGGUUGAUCUGACAAAGGAGAACCCGGUGCAAGUUGCAGCGCUGCUCAAAAAGUACUUGCGUGAACUGCCCGACCCGCUGAUGACAAACAAGCUCCAUAAGCUAUGGACGACGUCCUCGCGCAUCGAAGACAACGAGAAACGGCGACGACUAUUGCACCUAACGUGCUGUCUCCUGCCUAAAUCGCACAGAGACACGAUGGAGGUCUUGUUCACCUUUAUGAAUUGGGUGUCAAGCUUCAGUCACGUGGACGAGGAGAGUGGCAGCAAGAUGGAUAUCCACAACCUCGCAACGGUCAUAACACCCAACAUCAUGCACAGCGGCAAGGAUGUCGUACCUGUAGAGGACAGUUUCUUGUCGAUCGAAGCUGUGCACAGCUUGAUAGAGUGCAACGAAAGCAUGUGUGAGGUGCCAGAAGAUCUUGCUAUGAUCUUGAACGACUCUUCGCUGUUCAGCAACAACGCAGAAAUCACGACGAAAGAGAUUCUGAAGCGCUAUGGCGACCGUGCAAAGGCGCCCACAGUCAAUAGCGGGCAUGUUGUCGCAGCACAAAACGGCACUACCUCGCCGCCAUCAUCUGCGCCAGUUGUCACGCGUGUCGACACUGAUCCAUAUCAGCAGAGCGCAUGGCAGAAUGAGAGCUCAGUCAGGCAUGUCGGCAGCGAUCGAGACCCGAUGACACCACCAACACUUCCAUAUGCGAACCCCAACGCAUCCACCGAGUCGCACGGCAGUCCAAACCGCGCGAGUCGUGCAGGCCCGCAACAACAACGACCUGUUGGCAUGGCAUAGGCGAGGUCUCGUCGCAGCAGAGCACAGCCCGAAACCUAGCCAGAAUCAAUACAGACUUUGGAAAUCACAAUAAGUGAAUCGGACACACCUGUUUGAGACCUUCAGAACAAGACAGGACAGACUCUUACGAAUCGUUUGCCGUCGACGCAGCGGCGCGGCGAUUAUUUGGCAUUCAGUCGGCCCGACAUGGGUCACGCGUGCACAGAGAAACACAAAAAUCAAGAGAGCAAUGAGGAAGAAGCGUGCCUGCGUCACCCUCUCUGCGCGUGGCUUUGGAUUUGUUUCGAGAGGGGGAGAAGAGAAUCGGAGUCUGGUGUACAUGUUGCCCGUGAGUGGGACAGAAAGCGUGACUCUUUGUUUUUGUUUUGUUUUGUUUUUGACUACCCCAUAUGAGUGAUGUAGCGGGUCUGUCUGCUCAAUCGGCGACAGAGAAGAAGAUGAAAAAGGCCAGUAGUGCUAGAAUAUAGCGCAUGUGAAGUAAGGAAAGCGCGCGAGU